AUGUAUGCUUGGGUUACCGUAAGUCAGAAUGCUGCUAUUGGCACAAACCAAAAUAGUCAGACAUUUUGGAAAAGUAUCUCGGAAAUGUAUGAGGAAGCUCGUGUGGACAACUCAAAGUUUAUGGGACAACAAAGAACAAUUGAAUCGCUAAGGAAUUAUUAUAUGAGGUUGAACACAAAUGUAACCAAGUGGUUGGGCGCCUACAAAGAAGCAUAUUCUCAAAAAAGUAGCGGUAUGUCUGAUGCAGAUGUUGAAACGAUAGCUCAAAAAUUUUACAGCGGCGAAAAAGGUACGAAGUUUACGCAUCAUGAAGUUUUUGAAAAGAUUAUGCGUCAUUAUCCAAAGUGGGAAUUGAAAUUGGGUGUUGAGCGUCAUCGUACUCGCAUUGAUCGAGAAUAUGCUGGCGAUGAUGAUGUUGAAGAAGAUCGUGGAAGCUCCAAAAGAUCAAGAACGACCGGAGGAGAUGAGGACCCAAACGAUGAAAUCCAAGUUAGUGAAACUUCAACAAUUCGUCGUCCUACUGGCAGAGACAAGGCGAAAGGAAAAAGGAAAGGAAAAGCCACUGCAUCACAACCCCCAGUUGUUCCUGAUGACUACACUGAAGCACUUAAUGCAAUGAGGAUCACACGUGAGAAAGAAAUUGAAGCAAUUAACAAGAUUGGAGAAAUUACGAUGCAAAAAUUAGCCUUGAACACGCUCAACAACAAAAUGAAUAUGCUCAACACUUUGAUGGGUAAAAACAAUUUGUCCCCUCAAGAAGAAGCUGUCAAAAACGGCCUUAUGCAGGAAUUAUUCCCAUGA